GUUUUGAGAUUUUGGUCGGUUUUCACUAAACAACCCUGCGUCAUUACUGGUCAUACGGGAAGGUCAACGCCGAUAUCUCCAGUUCCUCUCUACCAAUCCUUGAUUGGGAGGUGUUGCUGGCUUCCCCUUGGUGUGAGGAUUAAGCAUAUUCCAAAAAAAAAAAAAGUCUGAAGCUCGGUCAACUCCAACGGUCAUUUCUGUACAUCCGAGCUUCAACAGAGGAAAGGAAGAAGAUGGUCACUUAGCAGGGGUUUCUACUACCCCCCUGCUCCUUCUUACCAUGACUACGAAAAAAAAGAAAGACAUGUCUGCACCUACCAAGUCCUCCUCCCGACUUAGAGCUAAACAGAACAAGGAGAUAGAUGAGGCAAUUGAACAAAUCAACGAAGGUACUUCACUAAUUCAUAAGGAUGCGAUGCAUAACCAUGAAAAGGAUGUUCGAUCCUCUAUUACGCUGGAACCCAUCCUGGAGAAUUCUUUGGAGGAGGAUAUCCAGUCGGGUGAUGUAAGCUUGCAGGUUGCUCAGGAUGGCAAGGACCCAACCGAGGAGGUUACCUCUAUUGCUGGCUUGGACACAAACUCUGACCCGGUUAUACCACUGCUUGGGGAUAACCCUGUGGAGCAAGCUGCGAUUGAAGAAGAGUACACCCUUGACCCUGCGGUUAAAGAGUUCCUAGAAUUUGAAGCAGCUGAGGCUAAUAAAGUUCUGCACCUGCAAAGUGUGGAAGCAAGUAAAGAUGACACGAGUGUGGCUCUUGUACCCAUCGCCACCCUCGCCGCGGCACCGUCCAGUCAGUCCGCGGCACUUGACAUCCAGACCGCGGCAUCCAGCCAGGCCGCGACAUUACCUUGCCAGGCUGUGGUUUCACAUAGCCAGGCCGCGGCAUUACUUAGCCAGACCGUGGCAUCACACAGCCAGGCCGCGGCAUUAUCCAGCCAAGUCGCGGCAGUACCUUAUGCCAGUGAGGCUGCCGUUUUGGGAGAAAACAAAUGGGGGCGAGCUGGCUCUAAACCCUCAUUUGUUUCACUUUUUAAGGACAAUAGGGAACCUGAUAAGGGUAUGAAACUAAGGUAUAUCGAGCCGAAAGGAGACAUCAUUGACUUAUCUACCCGGGUGCUACCAUCCAUGAUUGCUAUUUGGGGUCAUUGUCUUGUUGGUUACUUUGAUAAUGGCUACCCCGGUUACAAGAAUUUGCAAAUCCUUGUUCAAAAAUGGGCUGUCCCAACACGGUUUAGGAGCCAUGAUAAAGGUUGGGUCAUCUUCAAGUUCCAAAAUGAGAAAGAUAGAGCUAAAGUGCUCAUGGAAGGGCCAUAUACUAUGUUUGGUAAAACAUUUCCCUUGAAAUUGCUCUCGGAUGAUUUUUCUAUGAACGAUGAUGAAUUCCUUAAAGUGCCUAUUUGGGUACAAUUUCCACAUCUUCCCAUGAGAAUUUGGGAAGAAGACAUUAUUAGCGAGGUGGCAUCUAAGGUGGGCAUACCUUUAACCACGGAUAAAGUUACACUUGAGAAGGCUAGGUCUAACUUCGCAAGAGUUCUAAUUGAAGUAGAUGCUCCAAACCGCCCCCACUUGAAUUCCAAAUCAAGUUACCAAAUGGCAAGCUACACACACAAUAUGUGAGGUAUGAGACCUUUCCAAAUUAUUGCUUUCAUUGUAAAAAGUUUGGACACCAUGCCUUUACAUGUUCUAUCAUUGCCGAAAUUGAGAAGAAAGAAAAAGAAGAUAUCAUAAGGCAAGGCAAGGGUAUUGUUGCUCAUGUUGAGGAGGCCGAAAGUGCUAAAACAGUGGACUUAGGGGCUGCCAAAACAGUGAGCAUAGAAGAAGUUGUUGAUGAACAAAAUGAUGUUUUUGUCACCAAAAGAGAUCACCCUUUUUUCAAGAGGUUCCGGUUCUUUAAAAUGGGAAAGAAAAAGCCCAUUAGAGGUGAGGUUGUCACAUCCGAUUUCAAGGAUGGUGAGGAUGUACUUAUCCGGAAAGUACACAAGUUUCAUGACACCUACCAAGAUGAGGUGAUAGUUGAAAUGGAAACCGAUGAAGUUCUCAUGCCAACUAUCAAUGUUACACACAAAAAGCAUGUUGAUAAGGAUGCUAUAAUUCUUAAGAUGGAUCAUCAUCUUAAGAUUGUAAAGGAGGAUCAACCGGGAAUGCUAUUUACAAAACAAACUUUGGAGGGGCUGCCCGGUAUCACAUGUACCAACAAAGGGUACACUUUUGGCCCUACCUUUAUAAGGAGUGUUUUUAGACACUAUCUUUGUAGAUAUUAUGAAGAUGGGUGUCCAAGGGGGAAAGCAUCUCUUGUGAAACGUCCAAACAUGGUUGAUUACAACAAAGUACGUGUGGUGAAAGACAUUAGGGAUGCAUACCGAGAUGAUGUAAUUGUGAAGCUUGAACUUGGAGAAGACAACUUACCUUUGAUUCACCUACUUCAUUUCGAUGAAGUUAAGGAUCAUAUGGUGAGACUUGAUAACUACUUGAGAGUAACCCAAGAUGAGCUUACCAUGGGACUCACUUUCACAAUCAAAUGCUUGGAGGCUAUUCCGGGUGUCUUUCCUAUGGAGUACGGGUAUGACUUUAACUCAUGGUUCAUUGAAUAUCCAUAUACUUUAUUGUAUCUUACUAGGUACAAAGAAAGAGCAAAGCCGAGCCCUAGCUUUGGGAAGGGAGUGGGCUGGCCGAGACCUAAAGGCACGAAAGGAAGGAGGGGAAACAACAAAAAAAGGGUUUGAUGAUAGUAUCCGCAUGGAAUAUAAGAGGCCUCAAUAAGGUCUCCAAACAAAACUCUAUCCUUAAGUUUAUUCGCACUAAUAAUAUUCAUUUGCUUUGUCUUCUUGAAACCAAAAUGACUACUACUAAUUUUGUUAAUUUUAGUUCAAGUAGAUUACCUUCUUGGCUAUCUACAACUAAUUUUGACAAAAUUGAUGGUGGCCGUAUUGGCAUACUUUGGGAUCCCCAUUUUGUUCAAGUUAAUGUGCUUGAAAUUGACAAACAACAUAUUCAUUGUCAUGCCACUUGUAAAACUACCCAAAUUGAGUUUUUUGUCACUUUUGUUUAUGCUCUCUACACGGUGCUUGAAAGACAAAUGCUUUGGGAUCACUUAGCAAACUUGGAGCCUAACAUUAAUAGCCCGUGGCUAGUAAUGGGAGACUUUAAUUGUGUUGGGAUCCCAAAUGAGAGGGUGGGUCCUUCCCCUCCCUCGGCUUAUGGCAUGCAACACCUUAAUGAUUUCAAAUUGCAAACUAAUCUUGUUGAUUGUCCAUCCACGGGCCAAUUCCUUACUUGGAAUAGAGGUUCGCUUUGGGCUAAACUAGAUAGAGUUCUCAUUAAUUCUUUUUGGGCCACUAUGGCCAUUGAGUGCAAAACCCACUUUCAUGACAUGGAAAUUGAAUCCGAUCAUGUAGCUUCCGUGGUUGCCAUUGGGCAAACUAACGGGGCUGCCUCUCGGCCUUUUAAAUUUUUUAAUAUGUGGCUAAACCAUGAAAAUUUUAAUGAUAUCCUCACUAAUCAUUGGGAUAGAGAGGUAUAUGGUAGCUCCCAAUUCAUCCUAGCUAAAAAAUUGAAAGACCUCAAAAGACCACUUAGAGAGCUUAACAAACUCCAUUUUGGCCACAUCUCCGAAAAAGUUAAGGAUUCCAAGAAAGAGUAUAAAAGGCUCCUCGGGCUCUCUAUACUCUCACCGUUGGAUGAAACUAUUAAAGAAGAGCUUUCCUUGAUCAAGAAAAAACUUCUAAAUCUUAAAGUGGCCGAAGAAGAUUUUUUUAGGCAAAAGGCCAAAGCAAACCACCUUGUUCAAAGUGAUAAAUGUACCAAAUAUUUCCAUGCUAUUGUGAAAAAGAAUAUGGCUAGAAACUCCAUUACGGCAUUAAAACUCCAUAAUGGGGUUCCUACCACUUCUAUUGACCAAGUAGCUACGGAACUGGUAAAAUUUUAUACCAAUUUGUUUGGUACAUACCACUCCACAUCCGGAUUUGACCCUUCUACUGUUACCUCGGGUAGGUGCCUACCUCGGGGGGCUGCUGCCGGCUUGAUUAAUCCUAUCACUGACAUUGAAAUCAAAGAAGCCUUAUUUGAUAUUGGUGAUAACAAAUCACCAGGGCCAGAUGGCUACACAUCAGCAUUUUUCAAAAAGAAUUGGAACAAGGUUGGAUAUGACUUCUCCAAAGCCGUGAGGGGCUUCUUUGGCUCUGGUAGGCUUUUAAAGCAAACUAACCACACGGUUAUUGCUUUAAUUCCUAAGACCAACCAUUCACCGACACCGGCUGACUUUAGACCAAUUGCAUGUACCAAUGUGGUAUAUAAAGUCAUCACAAAAAUCAUUUCUAAAAGAAUGAUCCCGUGUCUCCCUGAACUUAUUGACCAGGCCCAAGGGGCGUUUGUUGAUGGCAGACUUAUGAUUGAUAAUGUUUUUGUUGCACAAGAAUUAAUCAAGGGGUAUUCUAGGAAACGUAUGUCUCCAAGAUGCAUGCAUGAUCAAGGUUGACCUCCGGAAAGCCUAUGAUACUGUAUCAUGGGACUUCCUUGCUAGUAUGCUUACCCAUUUGGGCUUCCCGGGCAGAUUUAUUGACUGGAUUAUGGAGUGUGUCACUACAGUGUCUUACUCCGUAUCAGUCAAUGGUACACUCCACGGCCAUUUUGAUGGACAAAGAGGACUUCGGCAAGGGGACCCCAUGUCCCCCCUCUUAUUUGUUCUCUGCUUGGAGUACUUAUCUAGACUAUUGAAUGUUAGGACUAAAAAUCCUAACUUCAAUCACCAUCCUUUGUGUGGAACGCUCAAUAUUUCACAUGUAGCAUAUGCCGAUGACUUGAUGCUCUUUUCUAGAGGUGAUACCACAUCGAUACAGAUUCUCACAGAGGCUCUGGAAGAUUUUGGUAACAUAUCUGGUCUUAGGGUCAACUAUGAUAAAUCAAAUAUUUUCCUUGGUGGUAAUGCAUAUUAUGAGCUUGAUACUAUACUUGAAUUGGUGGACUUUAAAAUUGGUGCAUUCCCGGUCAAAUAUCUUGGGGUUCCCCUGGCACCUUUAAAGCUAUCUGUGGCCCAGUAUGCACCUCUUUUAGAGUCCAUAACCACUUUUAUUAAUGCUUGGAAUCUUAAAUCUUUAUCUUAUGCAGGAAGAGUUGAGCUAGUCAAGUCGGUUAUACAGGGAGUACAUUCUUUUUGGCUACAAAUGUUUCCCAUCCCUAAUGCUGUUCUUGACAGGAUUACAUCCAUUUGUCGAAUUUUUCUUUGGGGGAGCGAAUUUGCUAGGGUUGCCUGGGCUGAUAUUUGCCUCCCGAAAGAAGAAGGCGGACUUGGUAUACAUGAUACGAAGGUUUGGAACAAGGCCUUACUUUCAAAAACUUUUUGGGACAUACAUACUAAAAAGGACACACUUUGGGUCAAGUGGGUCCAUGGGGUUUAUCUAAAGGGCAGGAGUGUGUGGGAAUUUGUCCCACAUGAAAGAGACUCACAACUAUUUAAAAAGAUUGCAUUAAUCCGUGAUGAGAUACUUUCCAAAUUUUCGGACAUUCCGAGUGCUAUACUUGGCUUAAAUGCUUUUCAAUCCAAUGGCAAGCUUGUAUCCUCCAAGGUUUAUAAUUUGCUUAGGACUAGGGCUGCCACCCGUGUGUGGAUGCCAUUUAUUUGGAAAGAUUACAUCCCUCCCAAGUUUUCCUUUAUUACUUGGUUGGCAUUCCGUAAUAGGUUAGCCACGUGUGAUACUCUUCAUAGAUUAGAUGUGGAUAAUACUUGUGUAUUGUGCAAGGGUGGACCGGAAACGGCUCCACACCUUUACUUUGAAUGCCCUUUUUCAGGUAAGGUUUGGACUAUGAUGAAAGCAUGGCUUGGCAUUCCACGGAUGAUGGGGACCCUAGCUAGCUCGGUCAAAUGGAUCAAGAAGGAAAGGAGCGGAGCUAAUAUGCAAGCCAAGGCUGCUAGGAUUGCUUUCUCCUGCACCAUCUACUGGAUUUGGAGAGUCAGAAAUGCAGCUAGAUUUGAUGGAUUUCUGCCUAAAGAGGAAGAAGUUUUUGCUAGGAUAAAAUAUGUUGUCUAUAAAAUUUUGUAUAGCAUUUAUCAUUGUGAUUUGGUAGUACUCUGAUAACUUUACGCCCAUCACCUUUUCUGUUUGUGAUUGGCCGUGAGGUAGUAUAGGGGGGCUGCUAUGGCUCACUUAUUUUGGCAGGUGAUGGGUUAUCCAAUAUCAGGAUAGCCUACAUUUUUGCUCAUAUUUUUGGUGUACAGACAAACUCUUUGACGGUUUCUAAUAUACUUACAUGUUAUCGAAAAAAAAAAAUUAAA